AUGUCUGCCCCCGGCGAAUUCAAGCCGGUGAUCCACGACGCGGAAACCGUGGGCAACCACGAGACCGCGGUCAACGAAAAGAAGCAAUCGUCAGAGCCCGGCAGCGGAGCGGGUGAGAACGCGGCAGUCCCAGUAGCGACGCGCGAGGAUGAGCGCGCACACUACGAGAAAUUCGGCACCUACGACCGCUACGAGAUGACCGAGGAGGACUGCUACUCGGAGCUCGGCUUCUCGUUCCCGGAGCGGAAGAAGUGGAUGAUCCUGUCGAUUGUGUUCCUCGUGCAGGUGUCGAUGAACUUCAACACGUCGCUGUACAGCAACGCCGUCGGCGGCAUCUCGGAGGAAUUCGGCGUCAGCGCGCAGGCGGCGCGCGUCGGUGCGGCGGCGUUUCUGGUCGCGUAUGCGUUUGGAUGCGAGCUCUGGGCGCCGUGGUCCGAGGAGCUCGGUCGAUGGCCGAUCCUGCAGCUGUCUCUGCUCUUGGUCAAUGCGUUCCAGAUCCCCGUGGCGAUUGCGCCCAACUACGCGACCAUCAUCGCGUUCCGUACGCUCGGCGGUUUGUCGACGGCUGGGGGCUCCGUCACCCUGGCCAUGGUCGCUGACAUGUGGGAGCCCGACAGCCAGCAGCACGCUGUUGCUUUCAUCGUCUUCUCGUCCGUGGGUGGCUCGGUGCUCGGGCCGAUUGUCGGCGGCUUCGUCGAGCAGUUCCUCGCCUGGCGCUGGAACAUCUGGAUCCAGCUCAUCUUCGGAUGCGCCGUCCAGAUCGCGCACGCUUGCCUCGUGCCCGAGACGCGCACAACCGUGCUCAUGGACCGCAUCGCCAAGAGGCGCAGACAGGAAGGCGACAAGGACGGCAAGCCUGUCAACGUGUGGGGCCCAAACGAGCUGACUCGGUUCAAGGAGCGCUUCAGCGCGCACGAGAUCCUCACGACGUGGAUCCGCCCCUUCCGCAUGUUCCUGACCGAGCCCAUUGUGCUUGUUUUGUCGCUGCUCUCUGGGUUCUCCGACGCCAUCAUCUUCAUGUUCCUGCAGUCGUACGCGCUCGUGUACGCCCAGUGGGGCUUUGCGCCCUUGGCCAUUGGCCUCGCGUUCGUCCCAAUCGGCAUCGGCUACCUGCUCGCAUGGCUCUCCUUCUUCCCGGCGAUCAAGCGCAACGAGCGCCUCCGCAGGGAGCGCCCCGGAGACGAAAAGGCGCAGUACGAAGCGCGUCUCUGGUGGCUGCUGUACACGGCGCCCUGCCUCCCCGUCGGGCUGAUCGUGUUCGCGUGGACGUCGACCGGGCCGCCGCUGCACUGGAUCGGAAGCAUGGUCGCAUCCGCAGUCAUCGGCAUCGCCAACUACGCCAUCUACAUGGCGACCGUCGACUACAUGAUCUGCGCGUACGGGCCGUACUCUGCGUCAGCGACGGGCGGCAACGGAUGGGCGCGCGACUUCCUCGCGGGCGUGCUCACGCUGCCGGCGACGCCCUUCUUCCAGAACAUUGGGGCCAGGCCGCUCGCGAACGCGUCGACGAUUCUGUUCUGCAUCUCGCUGCUGCUGGUCGUGUCUGUCUAUGUCAUCUACUGGAAGGGCCCGGGGCUGCGGAAGCGGUCGCCGUUUGCGCAGCAGCUGGCCGGGGCGCGCGAGGACACGGGCGGCAGGCGCGCGAGCCAUCUGCCCGGUGCGUAUGGCUCGCGGGUCAACUCGGUUUCGGGCAACGAACGGCCUGGGAUGCCUGGCUCGCGGAGGGGGAGCGUGAUUAGAGGGACGAGCUUCCAGGGGAGAGCAGCGGGAUCGCGCGGGAACAGUGUUGCGAAUGCUGCAUAG